CAUUAGUUCAGAAAAGAAAAAAAAAAACUCAGAAAGAAAAAAAAAAAUCAAAAUUGUCGUCUUUAUUAAUUGAAAAAAAGAAAGAAAAGAAACUAGACAUUAGAGCUGAUUUUGAUUGUCACCUCUGGCUCUGAAUCGAAACCAGGGCUCGGGAAAGACAAGAAGAGAGAGAAGAUUUUCGGAUAAGCGGAAUCGAAAUGGACAUGUACGGAUUGGAGCCGGGUCUCUACGAUUUCGGAUUCUCCGAUCCGUCGAUCGUCGGAUCUCUAUCCGGUUCUUCGCCUUUUUUAUCCUCGACGGCACGUUUCACGACGACCGAAGACAGCGGCGACGACGACGACGACAGGCCACCGCCGCCGGUAAUGCCGGAGAAGAAGCCGGCGAGUCCUCCGAGGCACCGUCACGAUGGAACCUCGCCUCUCCCUUUCGGCAUGGACUGGAGCCCUCCCCCUCGUAGAUGGGAUGGACGGGACUCAAUAUGGCCGCAUGAUCCUCACUCAGGAUGGAGUUACUGUGUCACAAUUCCUUCUUGGAUUAUCCUUCCAAAAUCAGGAGGAUCAGAUCCUGUAGUGUUUUACAGGGUUCAAAUCGGGGUACAAUCGCCGGAUGGGAUUACUAAUACUCGAGGAACACUCCGUAGAUAUAGUGAUUUCUUGAAGCUAUUUUGGGAACUCGAAAAGGAGUUUCCCAAGAAAAAUUUACCCCCAGCUCCCCCAAGGAGUCUUUGGAAAAAGAAAAGCAAGACACGUUCGGAAGAGCGAAGGUGUUCCUUAGAGGAUUGGAUGCAGAAAAUAUUAUCGGACAUUGAUUUGUCAAGAAGUGCUCCCGUUGCCAUUUUUCUUGAGCUAGAAGAAGCUGCAAGGACAUCCUUUUAUGAUUCAAAUCAGCACAGUUUAGAUGCAAAUUCUUCUGCUGGCAUUAUAGUUCCGUCGCACCGAUUACAAUCCACCACAUCAAUGGCGUCAGAUUAUGCUAAUGAUUCAGAUUAUGAAACAUCUGAGCUUGGAACACCAAAGCAUGGAAGGGAUAACUACUCUGAGCUCAGCCUGGAAAAUGAAACUAAAACAUCUGACCAAGAAAAGUUCUUUUGGCGCUCAAAGCAUUCAAGUGUUAACAACAGUGGUUUGGACAAGGAUGAAGCUACUCAUAAUAGUUCCAAAGUUGCAUUUCAUCCUGUGGAUGAAAUGGAGCCUUCUUCUGAACCAGGGAAUCACAGACAAGGUACCCAUCUUCGGAGGUUGUCGACAGAGAGUGUUGGAAGUGAUGUAAGCUCUAUAAGAGCUAGUGAACUUUCAAAGCAAUAUUCUCUUGGUGAUAACUCCCUUGACCUUCUUGAAGGUGCUGAAAUUACAAGAAACACGGAUAUUAUAGCUGAGUCUGAUUUACAAUUUCCUAAGGACGUAUUAGUGGCUCUUCCAUCAGAUCAGCGCAAUAAAAUGAAUAGGGUUCUUACCACAUUGCGGCGGAGAUUGGCUGCAGCAAAAACGGAUAUGGAAGAUCUUGUAGCAAGAUUAAACCAAGAGGUGGCUGUAAGACAGUACCUUACGACAAAGGUCAAAGACUUGGAAGUGGACCUUGAAACCACUAAGCAAAGUAGUAAAGAAAACCUUCAGCAAGCUAUUCUAAUUGAAAGGGAAAGAUACACCCAAACACAGUGGGAUGUGGAGGAACUUCGGAGGAAGUGUAUAGAUACGGAGUUGGAGUUGAAGUCUGAACGGGAUGAAAAGGUGCACAUGGAGUCAAUAAGAGUAUCCAUCGUUCAGGAGAAUGAGAUUUUACAGCAAGAGUUGGAUAAUGCCAGGGAGCAGAUUGAGAACUUGAAGAAACAUCAUGAUGACCUAGAGUUGAAAUCAAAAGCAGAUGUUAAACUCCUUGUGAAAGAGGUUAAAUCUCUUCGAAGUUACCAGUCAGAAUUGAAGCAGGAACUUAGCAGAUUGACGAAAGAAAAAUUAGAAGUUGAGAGGGUUCUACACAAGGAGAAGGAAAGAUGGAAACACUCAAAUGCUGCGGACACAAAAUUGCUGCAUGAAUGUGAGAUCCUUCGCAAUAGGCUUGAAGAAUGCAGUGUUAAUUUCCUCACCGAGGAAGAAGAUAAAUUGAUUAUGGAUACAUCAUCAACUUCUGAUGCAAUAGAUCUUUUGACUACUUCAGAUAAUCGUAUUGGCCUUCUUCUUGCUGAGGCACAACUGCUCUCACAAGAUAUGGAAAAUGCUGUCACAGCUGCGAUUCACAGUAGCAGUGGUGGCACCGUGAGGGCAACGGAUGAUGAAUUAAGGAAGAUGCUAACAGAAACUUUCAUUGACAAUGCCCGAUUGAGGAAACAGGUGAACUCUGUGCUCCGUUGUGCCCUGCAUGCACCGGACAAAUCAGAGGAAGAUGAGGAGGAGGAGGAAAUCCCUUCAAGAAAAACAGUUCUUAGCAAGUUCUUGGAACGAUAAUGGGGUUAGGGUAAUAUAGGUUCUUUGUUUGUAAAUAUACGGGUGUCGUGUAAAUGAUCAAGCAGUCAUAAAUUUUGGGGGCUCUUCUCGUGAUAUCACAACCCUUACAAGUAUUGUUGUACACUAUUUCUUAUUCCAACACAAGUAUAUAAACUAUUUGGAGCACCAUUGGAGUCGGAAAAAAAACCUCAAGGAAUUUUUCAUUUUUCUCUUCCUUUCUCUCUCGACCGAGGUUCCAAACGCAGUCUUAUGGGUAUAUUGACAUAUGAUUUCUUAGAAUUACACGGAAGGUUAGAGGUUGGAAUUCUAUUGCUAUUAUCUGCACACGUAACUUGCUGUCAGAAAAUUGUACAAGAAACCGUCAUUCUACCAGGUGAAAAAUAAAUAACCAAUGAACCGGAAAGAAAUUACAACAAAUGCGGAAAAAAAAAAAGAAAAGAAAAA